AUUUUCGUUUCCUAAUUUUUCAUAUGGAUACCAAACGGCCGUAAGUCGUCGCCUCUUUUUAUACCCGAGGGAAAACCCUUGCCUCGUUUGUCAGUGGAAGUGUCUCCUCUUCUCUGGAACCUUGGCUCAGCUGAGACGCAGAUCCGUACAGCUAACCGGCGCCGGCGAUGCAGAAUAUCUUCCUCCGCUGAUCGCCAAGAAGAUCUGAUCCUUCCACAAGCCCUAACUUCUUCGAUCUCCCGGAACCAUGGGAGACUACAACGAUGCCUUCAUGCGCAACAACCCCAACAACGCCGCCGUGCAGGCGCGCACCAAAGCCCAGAACCGCGCAAAUGUUCUUCAACUCAAACUCAUUGGGCAGAGUCAUCCCACCGGUCUAACCUCCAAUCUCUUGAAGCUUUUUGAACCUCGUCCUCCAUUGGAAUAUAAACCACCUCCAGAGAAAAGGAAAUGCCCGCCAUAUACAGGGAUGGCACAAUUUGCGAGCAAUUUCGCUGAACCAGGAGAUCCUGAAUAUGCUCCUCCUGUGCAAGAAGCUGAAACUCCUUCACAAAGACGAGCUAGAAUCCACAAGUUACGACUGGAGAAAGGUGCUGCAAAGGCUGCUGAGGAGCUUCAGAAAUAUGAUCCCAAUAACGAUCCAAAUAUUUCAGGAGAUCCAUAUAAGACAUUGUUUGUUGCUAGACUGAAUUAUGAGACAACUGAGAACAGAAUCAAAAGGGAGUUUGAGGCAUAUGGGCCAAUCAAGCGGGUUCGAUUAAUUACUGAUCAGGAGACGAACAAACCUAAAGGCUAUGCUUUCAUAGAGUAUAUGCAUACUCGGGAUAUGAAAGCUGCAUAUAAACAAGCAGAUGGGAGGAAGGUGGAUGGCAGAAGGGUGCUUGUUGAUGUUGAACGUGGUAGGACCGUUCCAAAUUGGCGACCUCGUAGACUGGGUGGUGGACUUGGAACUACCAGGGUUGGGGGUGAAGAUGUAAACCAGAGGUAUUCUGGGAGGGAACAACAACAGUCAGGACCACCACGGUCUGAGGAGCCAAGGAUAAGGGAAGAACGACAUGGAGACCGUGAUAGGGAAAAAUCCCGAGAAAGGGGGAGAGAUAGAGAAAGGGAAAAAUCUCGUGAGCGCUCCCAUGACAGACCAAGGGACCGUGAUUAUAGAGAGGAUAGGCACCACAGAGACCGUGACAAGAAUAGAGACAGAGACAGAGACAGAGGUCGAGAUCGUGACCGGGCACGUGAUCGAGGUCGGGAUCGGGGUCGUGAUUAUGAGCGUGACCGAGAGAGAGACCGGGGUCGGGAUCGGGAUCGUGAUCGUGACCGCGAUCGUGAACGUCCUCGUGAGAGGGAGAGGGAGAAGGAUAGGGAUAGGGAUAGGGACUAUGAAGUUGGAGAAGUUGACCAUGACCGUGGGCGCUCCCGUGAGAGAGAUUCUGACUACGACCGUGUGGAGUCAAAACAUGAUCGAGACCGGCAUGGUGAUAAGGAGCGGGAGUAUGAGCAUGGUGAGGCAGAGGAUGAUCCAGCUUGGUAUGAGCAUGGGCAUCAGCGGCAAGAUCCUGAACAUGAUCAUGAGCACUAUGAGCACCGUGUAGGUCGGGGACAGUAUGAUCAUCUGGAUGCCCAGGCUAAUCAUGACCGUUACGAUGAUUUUCCCGAUCGUGGUAAUGAUCGAUAUGAUCAGAUGGAGGACGACAAUUACCAAUAUGAUCAUGGAGCAUCUGAGCAACAUGAAAGGGGGAAAACCCGAGACAUGGAGCGUGAAUACCAGCGUUCAGAAAGGUCCCUUUCUCACUGAGUAUGAUCACUAAGAAUGCAAGUUCAUGGUAAUGUGUGCUUGCUGCUGUUCUGUCAAGAUCAUUUAGGUCUGGAAAGUUUUAUUUUGGUUCUUUUUCACAUGAAAACUGAAAACUUGCUGCAUUUCUCUGCCCAGGUGAGCUUUUCAUUUUACAUGAUGGAAUGCAGGGUUGUGAUUUGGUCAAGCUCCGGGAGCUGUUUGCAGCUAUUGCAUUUCAUUUUUGCUUUUGGUUUUUAUUAAAACCUAUAUUGUGUUUAAGAACUGUGUUGUGCUUUUCACCAAUUAAGGAUGCCUGUGUGUGAGAAUGUUGUACCUUUUCUAGUAUCCUGAAUGAACCUUGGUGCUAAUUUUGCUGAA